AUGGACCAUUCGAAUACGAAUUCAGAUUCAAAUUCACAUUCACAGCCUAAAUUCUUCGGAUAUCCCCAACCGGUACAGGGUCCACACACUCCGUACCAGAAGAAGGACGAUGCCAAUCCCGUCUUUCGAGGACCGCUGCUGGUCAUCGGUGCGUGGAUUGUGUCCCGCCUCCCAUUCAUCCAAAACUUGCUCUGGGCCAAUGCCGGCUUCAAUUGUCUUCGCGGCUUGCCAUAUCUGAAGGAUUACGCUCGACGAUGGGAUCCUACAGUCAUUCCCAUUGCAUCGGGAGCGGAAGCGGGUGAAAAUGUCACCAAGACCAAGAAACUGGACUCCAAAUCAUUCCCAGUCCCCCCCGAGCACCUCCCUGGCCGCUAUCGUACAGUCGCAGAGUAUCAUGCCCUGUACCUCUCUGGCCAGCUCACUCCUCUUGCCGUGGUCGAGUCUCUUUUACCAUUGAUCCAACGGGGUAUCGCCAAUCCACCUCCCUCGCGUCAUGCUACCGCUUUCACCUACUGUAAUGUAGACGCGGUCCUUGAAGCUGCAAAAGCCUCGACUCUCCGGUACAAACAGGGAGCGCCGCUGGGAAUUCUGGACGGCGUUCCCACCGGGAUCAAGGAUGACACCGACGUGGCGGGCUAUGUGUCCACGUACGGCCGCGCAAGGAACGACGAGGUCUUUCCUACCGCCGAGAAAUCUUCAUGGCCUGUCCAAAUGCUGCAAGAUGCAGGAGCCAUUGUUCUGGGGAAGCUCAAUAUGCAUGAGAUGGGAGCCGACACCACCAACAACAAUCCCAACUGGGGAACUCCUCGAAACCCCCACAAUGAUCAGUACUACACCGGUGGCUCGUCAGGCGGUCCAGCGUAUGCGGUCUCGGCGGGUCUGGUUCCCCUGGUCGUCGGCACUGAUGGUGGCGGAAGCAUCCGGAUUCCCGCAUCAUUCUGUGGUGUCUACGGGCUGAAGCCGUCUCAUAAUCGCCUCCAAGACCUCGGAAGUACAACCACCGUCAACGGUCCCCUGGCAGCUACCAUAUCCGACCUUGAGAUUGCCUACCGCACCAUGGCCCAGCCCAACCCCUCGGAUGCCACAUGCUCACUCUUCCCCGAAGUACCUACUCUACCUCCAUCCCGUCCCAGAGUCAUCGGCAUCUACAAGGAAUGGUUCAAUCGUGCUGAGCCUUCAGUGCUCAAACUCUGUAACGACGUGCUGGCGUACUACAAGGAGAAGCUCGGCUACCAAAUCAUCGACAUCGCGAUCCCCUACGCGCCCGAAGGCCAGAUCGCCCACGCCUUCACUAUCCUCUGCGAAAUGGCAAAUGUCGCCCGAGCCGCGCCUCCCAAUCCGUCAAAUUGGCUUCACGGCCUCAACGCGGCCAACCAGGUCCUCCUGGCUAUCGCCGCACGCACACCAGCCGCAGAUUACCUUCUCGCGCAACAACUGCGUAACAUGCUGAUGCAGCACCUCGCGUUCCUCUACCAGCAGCAUCCGGGCCUGAUCAUCGUCACCCCCACCACGCCCAUGCCCGGAUGGCCCAUUGCCGCCGAGGGAGAUUUGAAGUACGGCAUCACGGACGGGAACACGAGUAUCCGUAACAUGGAGUACGUGUGGCUCGCGAACUUCUGCGGAAAUCCGGCCAUUUCGUGUCCGGUGGGCUACGUCGAGCCGGUCCAGGGGGAGGGCCGUGUUCCCGUGGGCAUCAUGGCGAUGGGGGAGUGGGGGGAAGAGUUGCAGCUGCUGGGGUGGGGGAGGGAGUGCGAGGCGUGGUUGAAUGAGGCGUAUCCGGGUGGGAGACAGAGGCCCGGCAAUUGGGAGGAUGUGCUCGUCCAUGGGAAGGAGAAGAUGGUAUCGUGA